AUGACAAUAUCAAUCUCUGGUUACAGGAACAUGCCCCCGAGAGAAAUCCAGAUUCAAAAGAAAACUUGGAUCACGGCCUAUAUCGAUGGUUCAUGCUCAUACAAUGGCACCACCAACGCCAUAGCUGGAGUAGGGGUCUGGUUUGGAGACAGACACCCCCUGAAUACCUAUCAGACCCUGAAAGAAGAAAGAGCCACCAAUAUCACGGCGGAAACCGCAGCGGCCAUAGAAGCUUGCAGAAUAUGCAUCAGGCAUGACAUAAAACGAGUCAAAUUAAUAACCGAUUCUAAAUACCUGAUCGACUGCAUGACCAAGCAUUUGCCCAAAUGGAAGCUGAAUGGUUGGCUCAAUGCAAAGAGCAAACCAGUCGUCAACCAGAAAUUAUUGAAGGAAUUAGAUACCCUGACUCAACAACUAGAGGUCCAAUUUGAAUAUACACCUGGGCAUAAAGGAAUCUAUGGAAACGAAAGAGCUGAUGAACUAGCUAAAGCAGGAUCAAAAAUCUACGCAUCCACCUAAUGCGAAGCAAAGCUGUCAAUAAAAGAAAAAAAAAAAACACAACACAAACCUCAAUAGACAAACAUAUAGAUUUGUGACCCCAAUUUUUCCAACC